UUGAUGUUAUGUUUGUUUAGUUUGACAUUACUAUUUUUACUGAAUAUUCAUAUAUGAAAUAGGCUACUAAAAAAAUAUCAGUUUUGUAAUUGUUUGUAAGUAGCUCUUGGGAACAAAAAUGGUGGUGGAAGAGUACAGCGAGGUUGCUCGCCAUUAUCGGAUUAAAGAAACAGUUGGGUCUGGUGGUUUCGCUAAAGUGAAGAGAGCUGUACACCUGCCUACUGGGGAGAUAGUUGCCAUCAAGAUUAUGGACAAAGCUGCAUUAGGGAGCGACUUACCAAGAGUAAAAACUGAAAUCGAAGCGAUGAAAAAUCUGCAUCAUCAUCAUAUUUGUCGAUUAUACCAAGUUAUAGAGACAUCAAGAAAAAUAUUUAUGAUUUUGGAGUAUUGUUCUGGAGGUGAAUUGUUUGAUUACAUUGUUCAACGUGAUCGACUGAGUGAAGGUGAAUCAAGAACCUUCUUUCGCCAAAUCGUGUCUGCUGUCGCGUACAUGCAUAAUCUUGGUUAUGCACAUCGGGAUCUUAAACCAGAAAACCUGUUAAUAGAUGAUGAACAAAAUUUAAAGUUGAUUGACUUUGGUUUGUGUGCGAAACCUAAAGGAGGAAUGAGCGAUCAUCUUUAUACUUGCUGUGGAAGUCCUGCUUAUGCUGCUCCCGAACUCAUAGCUGGAAAAUCAUACAUGGGUAGUGAGGCAGAUUUAUGGAGCAUGGGUGUAUUGCUAUAUGCUUUACUUAAUGGCUUCCUUCCUUUUGAUGAUGAUAACAUUGGGAUGCUGUACAGGAAAAUAAAGGCGGGAAAAUAUGACACUCCUGAUUGGCUGAGCCCCGACAGCCUUAUUCUGCUCAAGCAACUACUUCAAGUUGAUCCAAAACGCCGAAUCACUGUUGACAAAUUGCUGAAUCAUAGUUGGAUAACCAAUGAUAUUGGAGUGCCUGUGGAGUGGCAUUCAAAACAUCAGAUGUCAGUAUUGGAUGAAGAUGUCGUGACAGAGAUGAGUGUUCACAGGAAAGUAUCACGUGAAACCAUGAAAGCUGAACUUGAAAAGUGGAACUACGAUUACCUCACUGCUGCUUACUUCCUCCUCCUGAAGAAAAAGACCUCCGGAAGACCUGUUCGACUUCAGAUGACUUUAGACUCACAACCCCACCCAGUGGUUGCUGUAACGAGAGGGCCUGACCAAGGUAAAGCUCGUACCCCCCGACCUGGGAAGAAAACAAGGCAACCAUUGUCAAGAAACCAUAGAGAUAAUGUGUCUAAGUCCUUAUAUGGACCUCCACCCUCCGAACCAAUGAGUCGGAAAAAUUAUUAUCGUCGUGACAGCGACGGUGACACACUAGAUGGUGAUGUUUGGUCACUAGAGGCGCUGGAAGACCAGAAUGGGGAACAAAGCUCAAGGCUCGUGAUGGAACAAUCACCUUGUACUAGUAGAAGACGAACAAAAUCAGUUGAUGAUAGUUUAAAGGAAAACUUCCUAACCCCUCAACUUCCUAAAAGACUCCAGGGAGUUGCAACUGCUAUUGCAACACCUUCAGUAAUCAUUAACAGAAAAACCGCUUUUCGAACAAGUGACAAUACUUCAAUACAAACUAACACGGUCGACCGCAGACGAACAAAACGAUCAAAAACUCCUCCAGUUUCAUCAAUGUCACCUCCUCAGUGGAACAAUGAGGACUAUAGAAAGUCAUUAAAUAUAGAGAUGGCAAACUUUGAUCUUCAAGCAAAUCCUUUGAGCCCAGACAGAAAGGUAAAAAUUGAAUCUUUGCCCAGUGUUGCGGGGCGCUGUCCUCCCUCACCUUUGAAACUGAUUAACAAACUUACGCGACACAGAUGCAAAUCAGUGGAUGAUGCUCUUCACACGGCUCACUUUGAACCUCUUACUCCGAGCAAACAGAAGAAGAAUCGGAUGUUUGGAAGUUUUGAGCGAGGGUUGGACAAAAUGAAGAUGAUCCUCACUCCAGGAAGGAAGAGGUUGGGAUCGGAUGCGGGGCCUAGGAAGAUGAAAGCCUCUUAUAACAUGUCCAACAUUAAUCGAUGUGAUCCUGGAUUGCUACUGCAUGAGCUGAAAAGGAUUGUUCCAACAAAACAUAUGGAGUUUAAAGAGAAUGGGUAUGUGAUACGUUGCCAAACAAAAGAUGAUUUUGGGAAAGUUGUUCUUGAUUUUGAGCUUGAGGUGUGUCAUGUGAUCGGCCGCUCGUCAUUUUCGGGGUCAGGGGUCGGCACAGAGCUGUGUGGAGUUCGUCGGAAGCGACUUAAGGGAGAUGCCUUUGUUUAUAAGAGAGUGUGUGAAGGCAUACUUGCUGAUGUAGAUGCCACCACCUUUUUAUAAAAAUUGCUACAGAUUUAUGUGCGUAUAUUCCUCUGCUUUUACUACAUAUCAACAACACUUUUGUCCCAGCGUCUAAAUUUUAUGAAGUAACCAUAUUAUUGGAAAGAAAUCAAACAUAUUUCUAUCUGGAGUACAAUUUCGAGGGGUUACACUUUCGACUAUGCAUUCCAACUAAUAACAGUAGUUUCUAUGAACUAAUACAUUAAUGUAUAUUUCCUUUUUCCGAACUAUUAUAAGCUCCGAAUAGAAAAAAAUGGCCGCGCAUAAAUUCACUGGCCACUGAAUUGAACUUUUCAGCAAGCACAAUCAUUUCAUUCUUAUUUCUUAAACUGUUUACCGUAUUCCACACUUUUCAUCUAAAGUUCUGGUAAUUUCAACUUGCGCCUUACACAGUUGUCCCGUAGCAAAAAUAAUGUAUUAUUUAAUGGCGUAGUUCAAAAACUGAGGUGUAAUGAGUUUGUGCUUUGUACUUGUUUAUAGCUGCUUUAAAAUUAAUCUUGUUAAAAUAAAGAAGAAAUUGUUACGUGUG